UCUCCCUCCUCCGACCUGCCGACAUUCUCCUGCGUCCAGUGCCCUGCCGCACUUCCAGCGCAUCCAGGGUGCCAAAGGUGCACAUCACUUUCGGCGUCUGUCAGACCGGAAGAGACGUCGGGCUCCGAGACCUUCCCGCCAUGCCGCCAUCUUGUCCUCUUACCCCGACUCCAGCAAUAGGCCUCUGGCUCCUUCUCGCCUCCCGAAUAGGCCCUGGGGAACAAAUGCCGCUGCCUCUCCUCUCUGCCGUCCGCCUCUUCUCACGGGGCUGGAAGAUAAGCGCGUAGGAGGCAGCGAUUGCCUGGCCCUAUUACCGCCAUCUGACACUCCUUCCAUUGCCGUAGGCACUGAAGCCACUCUACACUGGCCAGCACAUCCUCCAACGAACCAGAGCCAUGUGAAUCAAG